AUGCCUAAUAAAUCUGAUUCAUCUGUUACUUUGGUUAGUAAGCUUGAUGCUAGUGAUCCUCUUUAUCUGCAUGCUAGUGAUUCCAGUUGUCUUACUAUUGUGAGUAUUAAAUUAAAAGGAACUGAAAAUUACGUGGUUUGCUCAAAUGCUAUGAAGCUGGCUCUAAUGGAAUUAUAUGUUGGACAAGUCUAUUCUAGGCUUGCGUCUGAAGUAUGGGAUGAUUUAAAAGACACUUAUGAUAAAGUUGAUGGUUCUGUUGUGUUUGGUCUGUUUCAAAAAAUCAACUCUGUGAGUCAAAAUGGUGCUAGUGUCUCUGAGUAUUAUCAUAAGAUUAACACAAUGUGGAAACAAUUUGAUGCCAUGCUACAGCUGCCCUCUUGUACUUGCAAUGCUUCCACUAAAUUUAAUGAAUUCAAUCAGUUAAUUAAACUUAUGCAAUUCCUGAUGAGCCUUUAUGAUAUUUAUCAACCUGUUAGGACUAAUCUUUUAACCAGGGAUCCUCUACCAACUAUCAAAACUGCCUUCUCUGUCAUUUCUAGAGAAGAGUCUCAUAGAGGAUCAAAUAAUGGGUCCAAAGCUCCUAAUGUUGGUUUUGCUGCUAAAAUAAAUAACUUCAAUGACAAUAAAAAAAGGUUUAACAAGGGCCCUAAUCCUAAUCUUAAGUGUACUCAUUGCAACAAAAUUGGGCAUACUGUUGAUAAAUGUUAUGAGCUUCAUGGCUACCCUACCAAUUAUAGACAAAAACCAAAUCAAAAUGGUCAAUGGUCUAAGUCUAAUAAUUCUACUAAUAGCAACAAUAGUCUAUCUGUGAAUAAUUCUAUGAGUGACAAAAGUGCUAGUUCCUUGAACACUCUGUCUCUUGACCAGUUUUCUAAGUUGCUAGGUUUGCUGAAUGAAAAUAAAACUGAAGAGUCCAAUAAUCUGAAUUGGAUCAUUGACUCUGGUGCAAACCAGCAUAUGGUCAUGACCAGUGAAAACAUGUUUAACUUAGUUGAUGUGUCUGAAUAUAAUAUUACCAUUAAACAUCCAAAUGGGACAAAUGCAAAAGUCACUAAUAUUGGGUCCUUUAAGUUGUCAGAUUCUGUGAUUUUAAAAGAUGUUUUUGUUGUGCCAGAGUACUAUGUGAAUCUUAUUUCUGUUUAUAAGUUAGCUAAGGACAACAAACUUAGGGUUAUUUUUGAUGAAAUACUUGUUACAUUCAGGAUUCCUGCACAAAGAAAACCCUGGCUUCCUUCUUCUGUGUUGCAUGGUUGUUCUCCUUAUGAAAUGUUGUUUGGUUUUAAACCUUCUCUUGAUCACUUGAAAGUUUUUGGUUGUCUUUGCUAUUUUACCAUUUUAGACAAUUCUGAUAAACUUGAGGAACGAGCUGAAAAAUGUGUUUUUAUGGGAUAUUCCAAUCUUAAAAAAGGAUAUAAGGUUUGGAGUCUAGAACAAAGAAAAUUCAUUUUCUCUAGGGAUGUCAGUUUUCAUGAAACUGUCUUCCCUUUUAAAAAUAACACUCAUGAACAAAUAAGUACAAACCUUUUAAACCAACUCAACUUCUUUGACAAUUUUGAAACAUCAAGUGAUACAAAUCCCAAUGAUGAAGAGAAGGAUGUUACUGACUCAACCACUGUGACUCAGCAACACAGUGAUGCAGUUGUGUCAACUGUCGAUAGUGAUACUCAGCAAUCAUCAGGAUCUGAUGUUGAGGCUGAGAGGAAUGAGUCCAUGGGUGUUGCAACUGAAACUGUGAGGGCUGAGUCUAGUGGCAUUAGUGAUGAGUCAAACCUUCCUGAGGGUACUCAAAACAUUAGAAGGUCCACUAGGUCCGCCUUUGUUCCUAAAAGAUUUGAUGAUUAUAUUGUUGGGAAUGCAAAAUAUAGCUAUGAUAAAGUUGUCAAUUAUUCAAACUUACCUAGUGAAACCAUUUGCUUUGCUGCUAAUAUCAAUAAAAUAAUUGAACCAUGCACCUAUAAAGAUGCUCUUGAUGAUAAAAGGUGGAUUGAUGUUAUGAAUGAUGAAUUGUCUGCCUUGUAUAAAAAUAAUACAUGGGAUAUUGUUGAUCUUCCUAGUGGUAAAAAACCUAUUGGGUGUAAAUGGGUAUUUAAAGUCAAGUACAAGUUAACAGGGGAAGUAGAUAGGUUCAAAGCUCGGCUUGUAGCCAAAGGCUUUAACAAACGAGAGGGAAAAUGGUAA